UACCGUUACAAAACGCAGUAUAACAUCCACCAUUAACUUUGCACAAUUGCAGCGGUUCCUUUUAUCACAGAUUUAAAUAUUAAAUCUGUGCUUUUAUUAACAUGUAAAUUGUAAUGUUGUGUAACAUCUAAGUGCAUGAGAUAAGUGAACCGGACCAUGCUUUGCACGCCUUGGGAGAGCUGCAAGAAAUGGCACAACCCGUGUAUAUAUCGCUAAUGGAGAUGUUGACAUUGAUGUCCCAAUGUGACCAAGUGGAUCGAAAAUCUCACAUCAGUGCGACAUCGCUCCAUCAUCAAACCGCUCCCAUGGAAAAUAGGGGGAUCUUAUCCAACAACCCCCUAACCUUAUUCAGCGGAAUUAUACCAGGUACAAAGUGGUGCGGUACGGGUGACAUAGCAAACGAUUAUUUCGAUCUAGGAGCUGAGCCCAAUGUCGAUAGGUGUUGUCGCGCGCACGAUCUAUGCCCAGUGAAAGUGAGGGCGUAUUCCCAACGCUACAACUUGACUAACAAUUCGCUUUAUACCAAGUCGCACUGUGUAUGCGACGACGAUCUUUUCGACUGCCUAAAAUCGUCCGAUUCGCCAACCGCUCACAUUAUGGGAAACGUAUAUUUUAAUUUAGUUCAAGUGCCUUGCGUCGAAGAUAGGGAGAACAGAAGAAAAUUUAGGAAAGCGAAGAACAGCUUUUAAUAUUGUAAUUUAGCGUAGACAAUUUCCCAAUAAAUUAUUUCUUCUGGGUAGUUAGUGUUACGGAACUGGCAAUUUGCUCAUUAUAGUUAAAAAAUAAAAUGUCACACAGCC